AUCUUCUUUGAUCCCUUAAGAUCGGAAUUUGAUGCUUGUUUUGCUUUUUCUGCAAGUACCCAGUUGGUGAAUUUGGUCAUUCUUGUAUAAGUUAAGCAAGCAUUUGAUACUAUUCACUAUUCAGCGGUUGUCUCAAACAUCUAAUUUAGGGGACUGUUCUGAGUCCCUGCCCAUAGAAUUUGAUUCUUUCUGUUCCUUUUGGGCUACCUAUCUGAAAACAUCUCAAAAGGGUCUCUGCAAACUGCUCUUUCUGGGUUCUUGUGGGGUUAUUGGUUGUUGGUACGAAGCUUCCAAUUGAAAACUGGUAUAUUUUAAAUUAGGGCUUGUUUGGACACCAUUUGGGUUCUGUUUUAAUUGCUUGAAGCUUAGAGGGAAGGGAAACUCAUCAUUUGGGUUCAAGUGAAAAGAUUGGAGUCUCAUUUUGGAUCAUACAUUGUUUGAUUGGGUGUUCUGUGUGAGGGUUGUAAAGAAAAUUGGAAAAGGAACUCUGCUUUCUUUUUGGUACUCUGGUGGGCUAUUACUCAGCUAAUGCCAUACACUUCUCUCUACUUUAUGCUCUGAAAGGUUGACACUUUCUUGUCUCUAUGAUUCACUUUUCCCCAUAUCAAAAUAGGCUUAAUCCUAUGGUUUUUUGAAAGUAGCGGUAAGUAGCUGUUGAUGCGUAGAUUUUAUGCCUGGUACUUUGGAUUUCAACUUUUUCUUUGUGUCUAUAGGGUUCUGCAAGGAGGGCUUCUUUUGCUUUAAACCCUUCCCAGCUCUAUAAAGCUGCCUAGGUUGUUUGUUCCUUGUUGAGUCUUGCAAGAUAUUAGCAGCUAUUUUUGGUCAAACUCACUUUUUCUUUAAGUCAUAUAGUUCCUUCUGUUGAGUAACUGUCAAGUCCUCUUUAUCCUAAGUACUGAAUUGGGGUUUCUUUUUGAAGGUGUAUUGGUUGAGUUCCAUAGAUUUGGGUUUUUCUUGUUGUGUUGUGACCAUGGGUACCGAAGAUAAUGGUGAUAUGGGUUUUCAACAUAGAGGCUCUUCUUCUGGAAUGAACCCAAUUUCAGUGUCUGGGAAGAUUUUAGGAAGAGCAAUGAGCUCAGGGGCCAUAAUAAAAUCUACAAAUGGGGCAGACCCUUUCUUUGGUUCUGGUUGGGAUUCACUUUCAAUGAGUCAGAGUGAGAAUUUUGGAGGUUCCUCAAUGGUACCUCUCACUGACGUUGCCAAUCCACCCUUCCCACUUUUGCUGACAAAUCAGGCAAUUGAUAGCUCUUCCCACCUUGUUCAUUACCCAUCUGAUUUGGGUCUUGUUGAUAUGGUGCCAAAGCUUCCAAGUUUUGGAAGUGGAAACUUCUCAGAAAUGGUCAGUUCCUUUGGCCUACCUGAGAGUGGACAGAUCACAAACUCUGGCUGCCCUAUAAAUUAUCUCCGAAACAGGGAGGGUGGCACUGCCAAUACCUCAACCAAUAACGCAGAUUGUCAGGAGAACUGCCAAGUUUCAGAAGAGGGAUCAUCACCUAAUGGAAGGAGGAAAAGGAGAGCAUCAAAUUCCCCUUCUCCUAUGAACACCAAUAAGAAUGCCGAACGAGAGCAGCAUAAGGAGUCUUCCAAGGACAGUUCAGAAUGUCUAAAAGAACAGGAAGAAAAGAAGCAAAAAAUUGAACAAAACAUUAGUGCCAAUUUGCGCGGUAAGCAAACAAGUAAACAAGCUAAGGAUAAUUCCAACAGUGGAGAAGCUCCUAAAGAAAAUUACAUUCAUGUGAGGGCCAAACGAGGCCAGGCUACGAAUAGUCAUAGCCUCGCGGAAAGGGUGAGGAGAGAGAGGAUUAGUGAGCGGAUGAGAUUGCUUCAAGAACUUGUUCCGGGCUGCAAUAAGAUAACUGGGAAAGCGGUAAUGCUCGAUGAAAUCAUCAACUAUGUCCAAUCGCUGCAACAGCAGGUCGAGUUUUUGUCAAUGAAACUUGCCACUGUGAAUCCGGAGCUGAACGAUGAUAUAGAACGGAUUCUGACCAAAGAUAUUCUCCACUCACGAGGAAGCAAUGCAGCUAUUUUUGGAUUUGGACCAGGAUUGAGCUCCUCCUAUCCUUUCCCCCAGGGAAUUCCACAAGGAACCUCCUUGAGUAUCCCAUUUACAACUCCACCAUUGAAUCCCAUGGCUCAGGCCGCAUGGGACAAUGAGCUUCACAGUAUACUACAAAUGGGAUUUGAUUCUAACUCAGCAGCUAUCAACAGUUUGGGACCAAAUGGGUGCUCAAAAUCGGGACUAUAGAAUAUUGGAAGAGAGAAAAAUAUUUGUUUCCCCCUACACUAGGAUUCGAAUAUCUCCAAGCUGACUGCAGAUUUGAUUCCAUUAGGAAAGAAAAAAUUUGGCUCAAUUAUUCAGAAUUGUAUAGGUUGUCAGCUCCUAACGGUGUUCUUCGUUUUUUAGCAGAAGAAGGUGACUUGUUAGAUUAGCAAAUUCAAACAGACAGCAAAAACGAGGCUUUCGAUUGGUGAAGAUGGUCAUUUGCAUUGGUAUUGUAGAGUAAUUAUGUUAGCAAUGCUUUGUCACGAUUUUGGAGAAAUCGACCAUGGAAAAGAUGCUUUGUACACCGCAUCAAAGCUAGCAAUUAAAGUGGAUUGGCGCUGAGAUUGCUAUUGAGUUUGAUGUCAUUCCUUCAAAGACAAGCUCCAUCAUAUACCCAAUAAAUUGGCAAAUGAGUUUCUCCACUUUUUGUAUGUCUGGAACUUGAUGAUGCUGAAACUGGUUGUCUAUCAUAGUUUGAGUUGAGCUGCUUUGUUUUGCUUUAACCUAACAAUAUAUUGAAUUUGAAUGAUGCAUGUUUGUAAAGGCUGAGGAAGGGGUCUCCAGAGGAGAAUGUGUCAUCCGGUCGAAGGGCCACAUGGCAGGGUGUGGGUAAUACACAUGUCAGGAUUCUAUAGGCUCCUGUGCAUGCAACAUAGAAAAAAUCAUUGCACUACCAUUAGUGUAUGAAGAGUUGGCAUACAUGUAGUGAGAGAGGCAGAGAGGCCUAUGAGAUUGUGAGAAUAUCAGUCUGCUUGAGUA